AUGUCUAAGCUAUUCAUUCCAACUGUAAACUGUGGCAAGGCACAUGAUGCAGAUAUAUUUGGUCUAUCUGUUAUAACACCAUUUACAGCUACAUGUUCUGGUGAUGGGACUAUAAAGCUGUGGAAAAACAAGUUGCUAGACGGUGAGGUACCUAAAGAUAAUGUGGUUACUCAAUUUGUUAACAAGACGGGUGUUCAUCAUAUAGACGUGUUUUAUUCUACUGAAAGAACUGGGGUUGUGGUUUGUAUUAUUGCCUGUGCAGCGUUUGAUGGAUCUUUAUCAUUUUAUUCUGUUGAUUUAUUGACGUGGACUUUAAAAAGGUUGGAUUUGCUUACAACUGAGGAAAAGAAGAGGAGUUUUUGGUGCGUUAAGUGGCAUAAAAGUAGCGAUCAUUCUUUGACCCAUAAAUUUGUUGCUACAGAGGUUAACGGUAAUACAAGGGUAUGGAGAUUCCAUCCAUUUAAACAGGAAUUGGAAGAGGUUAAAGUGACUACAUUGAAGAAGGGUAAAGAUAGUAAUGCAAUACCUCAGGAAUCAGCUCAACCAGAUGAGGAAAAGAAACUAGAAUGGUAUCCUCAUUUUACUGUUCACGGCGAUAUUUAUCCGCCCAACGCUAAAUUUGCAACUUGUGUAGAUGUGUCUUCGCACAAUUUAAUAGCGACUGGAUUUUCUGAUGGUAGUGUUGUAAUAUCUCAGUUGUCUACAAUGAGACCAAUCUACAAUUUCGAAGGGUUUGGAUUACAAGGUACAAGGGAAAAUAGCAGCACGGUUCGGUCACUAAAAUUCAGUCCUUUGGGUGGGCUGCUCGCUGUUGCAAACGAUUCAGGUUCAUAUGGCUGUGUUACAUUAUAUGAAACAGAAUAUGGCGAGUUAGUGGGUAAUUUAUCAGUACCCUCUCAUAGCAACCAGCAGUCUAUUGUACCUGUCGCACAUAGUGGAUGGUUGUUUGACAUGAGCUUUAAUUCUACUGGAGAGUUUCUUGCUACCUGUGGGUACGAUGCUAAGAUCCGUAUAUGGGAUGUAAAACUACGGGAGCAUGUCUCCACUUUACAUGUAUCGUCUGGGGACAUAGAAGAUGAGAAAGAAAUGCUUUUAAAAGACGAACACGGUACUUCUCUGGCGAAUCCUGCAGUCUUGGGCGUCAGUUUUGUUGGCAAGGGUGUUCGUGGUGGUAUGGGAAGUGACAAGAAUGAAGGAUUAUGUUCUAUUUGCUUGGAUAGAAGUGUGAGAUGGUACCGAGAAGCUGGAGGUGUGUAG